AUGGAUGACCGGCCGCGGGUGCCCACUUUCCUCAACUCGAUCGCCGACUACUCGAACACCAUCCCGAAUCUGGCAGAGUCCGACACCAAGUCGACCACUGCCAAACAGGGAUCGUCCAGGAUGGGCACGCUGGUCGGCGUCUACCUGCCUUGCGUGCAGAACAUCUUUGGAGUAAUUUUGUUCAUUCGGCUGUCAUGGGUGGUCGGCACGGCGGGCGUCGUCUACGGGUUCGGAAUCGUGUUCACCUGUUGCUGCGUGACAAUGUUGACUGCUAUUUCGAUGAGUGCCAUAGCCACGAACGGCGUUGUGCCUGCUGGUGGACCGUACUUCUUGAUAUCCAGGUCGUUGGGUCCCGAGUGCGGGGGAGCUGUCGGUAUGCUCUUCUACACCGGUAUCACACUGGCCGCAUCUAUGUACAUCAUAGGCGCCGUUGAAAUCAUACUCACGUACAUGGCGCCAAGCUUAUCGAUUUUCGGCGACUUCUCCAAAGACAACAGCAUAAUGUACAACAAUUUCCGCGUGUACGGGACAAUAUUGCUGAUGGUCAUGAGCUCGAUCGUGUACGUCGGCGUGAAGUUCGUCAACAAAUUCGCGUCCGUGGCCCUAGCCUGCGUGCUGCUGUCCAUUUUGUCUGUAUACGUGGGCAUUUUUUAUAACUUCCAUGGCAGCGAUAAACUCUACAUGUGUUCGCUGGGAAAUCGGCUACUCAAGGACAUGGACUUGAAACACUGUAACAAAGCGAUAGGCGGUUACUUGCACAAUAUGUACUGCGCCAAUGGAACCGGAGCGUGCGAGGACUACUUCACCAAGCAUAAUACAUCGAUCGUGAAAGGCAUUCGGGGCAUUAGCAGCGGCGUUUUCUUUGAAAAUAUCUUUGGUAACUUUUUGGAAAAAGGACAGUACAUAGCCAGAGGUCAUCUCCAAGAAGAUAUCCUGGCAUCGAGUAAGAAUACGUAUAAUAUGGUAAUGGUAGAUAUCACUACAACAUUCACCAUACUUAUUGGCAUAUUCUUUCCGUCCGUAACUGGAAUCAUGGCCGGUUCUAACAGAUCCGGAGAUCUAGCAGAUGCACAAAAAUCAAUUCCCAUUGGUACAAUAUUGGCUAUUUUGAGUACAUCAUCGGUUUACCUGUCUGCCGUCUUACUAUUCGGAGCUACGGUUGAUAAUUUACUACUAAGAGACAAGUUUGGUCAGAGCAUUGGAGGACGUCUGGUGGUGGCCAACAUAGCAUGGCCCAACGAAUGGGUUAUUUUGGUCGGCGCGACAUUAUCAACAUUGGGAGCCGGACUUCAGAGUCUCACCGGGGCGCCGAGGCUGUUGCAGGCCAUAGCCAAGGACGACAUCAUACCGUUCCUGCGACCGUUUGCCAAAUCUUCGGCAUCUGGUGAACCCACUAGGGCUCUACUGAUAACUGUAGCCGUGUGUCAGUGCGGCAUACUGAUCGGAAACAUCGACAAUCUCGCUCCGCUCUUGGCCAUGUUCCUGUUGAUGUGUUACGCGUUCGUCAACUUGGCGUGCGUCUUGCAGACGCUGUUGCGCACGCCGAACUGGAGACCUAGGUUUAAGUACUAUCACUGGACACUAUCGUUCACCGGACUCGUGUUGUGCAUUGCUGUCAUGUUCAUGUCAAGUUGGUAUUUCGCGCUGUUAGCUCUGGGCAUGGCGGGAAUAAUUUACAAAUACAUCGAGUAUCGAGGAGCGGAAAAGGAAUGGGGUGACGGUAUGCGCGGUUUAGCUUUAUCCGCUGCGAGAUACAGUUUGCUCAGACUGGAAGACGCGCCACCACAUACCAAGAAUUGGCGUCCACAGAUUCUCAUGUUGGUCAACUUCAACGCGGACCUUCCAAAAUACCGUAAGAUAUUCUCACUGGUCUCCCAACUUAAGGCAGGCAAAGGUCUCACAGUGAGCGCGACCGUCAUCGAGGGUGACUUUGUCAAGAAAACCGGUCACGAUGUGCAAUCUACCAAGAAAGAACUUGUGAGGUUGAUGGACGAGGAAAAGGUCAAAGGAUUUGCGGAUGUUUUAGUCUCCAAUAACACAUCAGAGGGACUCAGUCAUUUGAUACAAAUCGCUGGACUUGGAGGAUUAAAACCCAACACCGUGAUUCUAGGCUGGCCAAACAGCUGGCAACAAUCUGAGAACGACCGAUCGUGGCAAGUUUUUCUACACACCAUUCGUAUCGUAACAGCGGCUAAGAUGGCUCUAAUUGUACCCAAAGGCAUAAGAUCGUUCCCAGACUCUGCGACAAAGCUGUCGGGCACAAUCGAUAUUUGGUGGAUCGUACACGACGGAGGCAUUCUGAUGCUCAUACCUUUCUUGUUGAAACAACACAGGACCUGGAAAAACUGCAAGUUGAGAAUAUUCACAGUGGCACAGACCGACGAUAAUUCGAUCCAGAUGAAAAAAGAUCUAAAAACUUUCUUAUACCAACUCAGAAUACCAGCAGAAGUUGAAGUGGUUGAAAUGACAAAUAACGAUAUAUCAGCUUAUACAUAUGAAAGAACACUCAUGAUGGAACAACGAAAUCAAAUGUUAAGAGAACUCAGGCUUAACAAGAAAGAAAGCUUUGGAAUGAUGCGUAAUAUCAUAGAUUUCAAUCGAGAAACACCGACUGGAGAGAAUACACCAUUGGUACAAUCUAUAAUAGACCAGCACCAUAGAAAAGACGCGUCGGAAGGGAGAUCGGCUACUAAAGUGCGUUUCCAGGAAGAAACCAGCAUGGACGACGAAGCGAAAAAAUCGAAACCUGGUGAUAGUGCAUUCGAUGCCGACGAGAAACGAACAACUAGUAAUGGCGAAAAACCGGGAGUUUUAAAAGACUCACUGCCAAAGGAGACAACAGAUUCGUCUACAUCGACAAUGCGACCAGACGAAGAUAAUGUGAGGAGAAUGCACACAGCUGUUAAACUAAACGAAGUCAUUGUCAGUAGAUCGAGAGACGCUCAAUUGGUUAUAUUCAACUUACCAGGACCGCCUAAAGACACAAAAUUAGAGAGAGAAUCAAACUACAUGGAAUUCUUAGAAGUGAUGACCGAAGGCCUCGACAAAGUGUUGAUGGUGAGAGGCGGUGGUCGCGAAGUGAUCACAAUUUAUUCAUAA